UUAUUUAAUAUCAUUUUUAGAAUAGUUCACAAUCAACGAUUACGAUUUGAACAACAACGUCAACGAAUAUUACGCCAUAAACAACAAUUACGUGAACAACAAAUUAAACGUGAACUACAAAAUCGUGAACAUGAAGAAGAGCUUAGAUAUGAACAACAACAAUAUGAACAAAAAUAUCAAAUGAUAGAUGAACAACAACAACAACAACAACAACAUCACCAUCAUCAUCAACAACAACAACAUCAUCAUCAACAACAACAACAACUUUUUGCGAUGGAUGAUGAUGAACCGGAUGAGAAGUGGAAAUUCUAUCAACAUUCACGACGAUUCUAA